CUUCCCGAGUCGGGGAGUGUAAGAUGAGAAGGGGGAAGGUGGGCCUCACCCUAGGGGAGAGCGAGGAGGAACUUCCUGCCCGCGCGCGCUGCUCGGCGCUGAGCGCACGGGCUGGAGGCUGCAGGCGCGCGUCAAGGUCAGCCUGGACCGGGGUGGCAGCCUGCCUGGGGGCGGGAGACCCUCGGGGGGGCUGGGCUGCGGCCUCCAAGCGCCUCGGCCAUAUUGAAUAGCCACGGCUGAGCCGUCUUUGUGUGCGGAGGCCUCUCCCAAGCUGCAGGCGCGACCCAAGGCAGGAAGAGCCACGGGGGCAGCCCGUGCGCCCCAACUCGGAGCCGGGACCCCACGUCUGCAGCUGGCGGUGGGCUCCGAGCCUCGGACUGACCUCACCCCGGCUCACGUAAGCAUCCUGGGAACUGAUUCCCGCCAGUCCUUGGGGCGGGGGAGCCGGACUUGGUCAAGACUGGACUUUGUGGCGGGCAGAGAAGUUGGGAGGGGUUGGCUCAUCCUUGGCUGGAGAGGUGAGACCCACCGCCCCCGCCCCCGGGCAGUUCUGCGAGGACUCCUCCCCCACUUCCCGACCCCCAUCGCCCAAGACUCAGGCCUACUUGUAGUUUGGGGUCCUUGCCCCCACCCCCAAUUUCACCCUGGAGAUCUUAAAGACCCUCGAGAAAAGCCACGUGGGGGGCUGGUUCCCCUGGGGCUUCCUCCCAUCCCCCGACUGCCUUAUCCUCUGGAGCGUCCCCGAUGUCUGCAAAGAUGUGGAUUUGGACGUCCUCGUGGAAGCCUUGAAGCCCGUGGGGACCUUUAAGAAGAUUGGCAAGGUGUUCCGCAGGGAGGAGGACUCCACGGUGGGGAUGCUGCAGAUCGGGGAGGACGUCGACUAUUUGCUCAUCCCCCGGGAGGUCCGGCUGGCGGGAGGCGUGUGGAGGGUCAUCUCCAAGCCCGCCACCAAGGAGGCGGAAUUUCGCGAGCGGCUGACCCAGUUUCUGGAGGAAGAAGGCCGCACGCUGGAGGACGUGGCCCGCAUCAUUGAGAAGAGCACCCCACACCCACCCCAGCCCCCCAAAAAGCCCAAGGAGCCCCGGGUAAGGAGGAGAGUCCAGCAGAUGGUGACCCCUCCCCCGCGGCUGGUUGUGGGCACCUAUGACAGCAGCAACGCCAGCGACAGCGAGUUCAGUGACUUCGAGACCUCCAAAGACAAGGGAGACAAGGGUCACAAGGGUCACAAAGGCGCGGGGCGCAGCAGGAAGGUACGCAAAAUGCCAGUCAGUUACCUGGGCAGCAAAUUUCUGGGGAGCGACCUGGAGAGCGAGGACGACGAGGAGCUGGUGGAGGCCUUUCUGCAGCGAGGGGAGAAGAAGCCCAGCGCGCCACCUGCCCGCCGCCGCGUGAACCUGCCCGUGCCCAUGUUCGAGGACAACCCCAGGCCGCAGCUGUCCAAGGCGGACAGGUGGCGAGAGUAUGUCAGCCAGGUGUCCUGGGGGAAGCUGAAGCGGAGAGUGAAGGGUUGGACGCCCAGGUCCAGCCCCGAGGGGAGUGAGGCCCAGCAGGCCUCUACCAGGCGGGAGAGGGUUGGGGCAUCGGGGCCGGCCAGAGCCAGCCAGGGGGAUAAUGUGGGCAACACAGAAGAUGCGCAGGUGCCUGAGACGUCCCCAAGACGAUGGAGGCCCAAAAUCAAAUGGGCCUCUUUCCGCCGUCGCAGGAGGGAGGAAGCAGCAUCCACGGAUCAGGGGGUAGAGGCUGCAGAUAAUCAGAGAGCAGAGGCUGCAGAUGGUCAGAGGGCAGAGGCUGCAGAUGGUCAGAGGGCAGAGGCUGCAGAAGAUCAGAGGGCAGAGGCUGCAGAAGAUCAGAGGGCAGAGGCUGCAGAUGGUCAGAGGGCAGAGGCUGCAGAUGAUCAGAGGGCAGAGGCUGCUGAUGAUCAGAGGGCAGAGGCUGCAGAUGAUCAGCGGGCAGAGGCUGCAGAUGAUCAGAGGGCAGAGGCUGCAGAUGAUCAGAGGGCAGAGGCUGCAGAUGAUCAGAGGGCAGAAGCCAUACCUGUCCAGGGGGCAGAGGCUGAGGAUAAUCCAGGGGCAGAAGCCAUAGCUGUCCAGAGGGCGGAGUCUGCAAAUAAUCAGAGGGAAGGGGCUGCAGAUAAUCAAAGGGCAGAGGCCCCCAUUGUCCAGGGGGCAGAGGCUGCACCUGAUGGGGCAGAAGCCAUAGCUGACCAGAGGGCAGAAGCUGUUCAUAACCAAAGGGCAGAAACCCCAGCUGCCCGGGGGUCCAUAGGGACAACCCAAGGAGCUAAGGCCCGGAAACAGGUCAAAACAGUGAGGUUCCAGACCCCUGGACGUUUUUCAUGGUUUCGCAAGCGCCGGAGAGCCUUCUGGCACACUCCCCGGUUGCCAACCCUGCCCAAGAGAGUCCCCAGGGCAGGCGAGGCCAGGAGUCUUAGGGUGUUGAGGGCAGAGGCCAGAGCAGAAGCAGAGCAGGGAGAGCGAGAAGACCAGCUGUGAGGUGAGGGCAGGGGUGCCCUGGAGCUCUCCGCCACCUGUCAUGCUAUCGCCACUUGUGAGCUUGGAUGGAGAUGCCCUUCCUGCCACCAUACUUGAAAAUGGAGGCAGACAAGGGUCAGGCAGCGGGCCUCCCGUCUCCACCCAACAGCCCUCUUUCUUGUUAAAAGUUUAUCUUUCAUGCAUUGAUCUUUUUAAAAACAGACUUUUUCUAGUCACCUGAGGAACAUAAAGAAAGAGAGCCACACGAAGGGGUUGCAUCAUUCAUGAUUUUAAUUAUUCCAAUGCAAGUCUAAGUGUUCAGCUUGAAAGGGGAGAAGGUGGUGGCGAAUUUCCCUCCCCUCUCCCUUUCUCUUCUUUUCUACUGCCCACUUAACACUGACCUCCUCCUUGAACUUAAAAAAAAGGGCGCAAUCCAACAUGCAAAUAAAAAUGUUUACCACGUGA